AUGAAAGAAGUCAUUGGAAUUUUUGUUGCAUUUCUAAUAAUAAAGUCGUCUACAACCGAGAAUCAAAAGACAAAUGAAAUAAUUGAAAAGUUUAUUAAUUCAUCAAACAGAACAGUCACUUUUGUAUCAAUCGAUGAGUCAAUAACUAACACCUCGAUGCUCAUCAAUCAGCACCUUUUGACACCAAAGCAUUUGCUACAAUUAAAAUCAAGUUCUUUGAAAAAUUGCAGCAAUUACGCAAAUGUCGAUUUUUACGAGAAUGAAAUUACAUUAACAAAAUUUCAAGCAUAUAGCAAGCUUGAAGACAUUUUAUAUCUUUUAGAGUUCAGUGACUUUUUAAUUUUCACACCAUCAAAAUUUAUUGCAUCAAUUUUAAAGUGCAUUGUACAGCCAAUGAGUCGAUAUCUUAUAAUUGUCACCACAAUGCCAAUAUUAGAGACAUCAUCAAUUACACACAUGCUGAAUAGUACAUGGAUAGAUAAUGGAGCCUUGAAAAUCUUUAUCUUACUUUACGAUAAAGUCAUCACUUUCAAUCCAUUUCAUCGGAAUGAUGAUGGAAGCUUUGGCAAAUUGAAUACGUUUGUGGUGUCGUUUAAAAGUUCAGAGACUGGAUUUAAGAACCUCAAUGGAUAUCCUUUGAGGGUGGAAUUAUUUCCAGCUACAUAUACAAUGGCACGAGUAAAAGGAGUUAUGAAGAGUGUUGAUGACUUUCAUGGACCAGAUUCAGACGUCGCUAAGACAAUGAAGGAAGUUUUAAAUGCCACAAUGAUUUUAAUCAAAAAUGAUGGAGCAAAAUUUGGCUUCAGAAGUCCAAAUGGAACUUUCACAGGAGCUCUAAAAUCGAUUCAAGAUCGUCGAAGUGAUGUGGCUUUUGUGACAUUUUUCAUAAAGGAUUAUGAGACUCAAAGUAUUGAAUUUUCAGCUCCUGUUUAUUCCGAUGACCUUUGUCUGAUUGUAAAGAAAGCUGAAAGAAUUCCACAAUUCAUGAUGCCGCUCAUUACUUUUGAUAAAAGCUUGUGGGUUGCAUUAGGUUUAUUUUGUAUUUUUGGAGUGACAAUCUGGUCGAUAAUACGGCUAUUGAACAAUAAAAUUUAUACAACGAUUGGAGUCAAAAGAAUCGAAUUUAAUUUGCCAUCACAUAUUGCAAAAAUGUCAGCUGCUGCACAAUACUUUCAAAUAUUCAUCGACUCUUUCAUUUUGGUUGUCAACGCACCACUUCGACGAUUUCCACGAGUACAAAGUGAAAGAAUAUAUACAGCAACUGUAUGCAUGUUAAGCCUGAAUAUCAUUGCAAUCUUUCAGUCAGGUCUGGCGACGUGUUAUUUACAUCCGAUGUUUUAUAGGAACAUUGAAACUUUGGAACAAUUUGCUGAUUCACAAUUGAAGAUUGUAAUUAAAUAUCCAGCAAUGAUGACUGACAUUUUUCCAGAAGACUCAUCUGCUUUAUUUCAUACGCUGUAUACUCGAAUGGUUCUAAUGCCAAUUCCAAAUUUAAAUAUGAUAAAUAUAACAAAUGAUAUGAAUAUGGCAGGAGUUACUCGAAAAACUACUUUAAAAGUUCAAAAGGAAGAAGACCUUGUCCACAUUAUACCUGAAUGUCCACGUACUUAUCACUUAAGUUAUAUCAUACCAAGACAUUGGGUGCUAGCUGAAGAACUUAACAUGAUAAUACUUGAUCUAAAGAAGGCUGGAUUAAUAAACAAAUGGAUUGAGGAUGUGAAUUUUCGAAUGAAGCUAGAGACAUCACGUUCGCAUCCACCCGAACCAAAUCAAAGAUCCCUGCAAGUCGAUGAUUUAAUGUUAUCAUUUAUGAUUCUUGGCGUGGGAUCCGCUGUCGGUCUUUUGCUAUUUAUCAUCGAAUUUUGUUAUAUGAAGCAUGAACACAAAAUGUUUGAAUAUUUACCUUAG